AUGUUUAUAAGCAAAUAUUUUUUCUUUCCCUUUCUUUUUUCUUUCUUUUUUUUUAAUAUUUUUUUUCUUCUUUUGCCCAUUCCUUCUUUUUUUAAUUUUACCAUUUUUAUAAACGACUCUUUCUUUCUUUCUUUCUUUCUUUCUUUCUUUUUUUCUUUCUUUUCAUGUAUUAUCUUUAGCCCAAAUAUUACACUUUUGCUUUCCCUUUUUCUUCUUUAUAUGACGAUGCUCCCCUCCUCCGUUUUUUCACUGUUGUUUUCUUUUUUCUCAUAUUUCCUUACAGUCAUCCCCCUCUCUCGCUUUUCCAUUACUUCUUCCUUUUUCUCUUCGAUACCUUUUUUUUUCCCCUUCCCAAUCUCAAUGUACUUUCUGAUAUCUUUCUACCCCCACCCCCAUUGUUCAUUUUCAUUCUUCUUCUUCUUCUUCUUCUUCUUCUUCUUCUUCUUUUUUUCUUUCUUUCUUUCUUUCCCUCCUUUUUUGCACUUCCCGCUUUUCCCCUCUAGCUCUGACCUCACUUCCAUCUCUCUUGCUUCCUAUAUUGCAAUGGCGUUUUCAGUUGCUACGAUUAAUAAAUCUAUUCCCACUCUCUCUCUCUCUCUCUCUCUCUUUCUCUCUCUCUUUCUCUCUCUCUCUCUAUCAUUGUUGAAACUUCCUGACGAGGGUGCCAAACGAUUACAAAAAUCCCCCUGGCUCUCUCACGACAUCUAUCUAUCUAUCUAUCUAUCUAUCUAUCUAUCUAUCUAUCUAUCUAUCUAUCUAUCUAUCUAA